CACACACACGCACACACACAGGGCUACAGCACACUAGAGAGAGAGAGGCGCGAUCUGGUAGCACUCAUACACACCCGCACACAGGCACGCUCUCUCACAGCGCUGGCUCCACUGCUGCUCCCCGGCUGUUUGCAGACAGGACGACACAGACACCGGCACCGAUAUCCACUCGGAGAGACAGAGAGAGAGAGAGAGAGAGAGAGAGAGAGAGAGAGAACCUCAUCACAUCAUGCUGGAUUGACUGAGGAGCUGGAAUAGAAAUCAAUGGCUGAGCUUUGAAAUCGUUUAAAUUUAUCUGUUAGUAAAAGAGGGGGAGAGGGGGAGAGUGAGAGAGGGGAAAACAAAACAAAUAAAUAAAUAAAUAAUUUCAGCUAUGGAACUUACAAUGGACAAUCUUGGGAAUCUGCACAGCGUGUCUCACUCGCAGUCUGGGGAGCUCAUGAGCGCUUCCCACGGCCGGCAGCCCUCUCACCGGAACCUGGUGUCGCACAGCCGGCCCGCUAUGGUCUCCAGCAUGGCUUCUAUCCUGGAAGGAGCGGGGGAUUACCGGUCGGAUCACAGCCUGGCAGGGUCCUUGCACCCGGCCAUGAGCAUGUCUGCCUGCGAAUCCCAGUCCGGCAUGAGCCUCAGCAACACCUACACCACGCUGACCCCCCUGCAGCACCUGCCGCCCAUCUCCACGGUCUCUGACAAGUUUCACCAUCAUCCCCACCACCACCAUCACCACCACCACGCACACCAGCGGCUCGCCGCCAGCAACGUCAGCGGCAGCUUCACCUUGAUGCGGGACGACCGGAGCCUGGCUUCCAUGGGCAACCUGUACAGCCAUUACCCGAAGGACAUGUCCAGCAUGGGCCAGUCGCUUUCUCCGCUCUCCAACGGCCUCGGUUCUUUGCACAACUCCCAGCAGACCCUCAGCGCCUACGGCCCAGGGGGUCACCUGUCCAACGAGAAGAUGCUUUCGCCCAACGGGUACGAGUCGCACGCUGCCAUGCUGUCCCGGAGCGAGGACCACUUGGCUCGGGGGCUCGGGGGGCCGGGAGCCGGCAUGAUGCCAGCGCUGAACGGCAUGCACUCGCACGGGCACCACCAUGCCCAGUCCAGUGGCUCCAUACUGUCCGAGAGGGACAGACAAGCGGCAGGCGGAUCUCAGGGCGUGGGGCCCGGGCAAGUGGAGGAGAUCAACACGAAAGAGGUGGCUCAGAGGAUCACGGCGGAGCUAAAGCGCUACAGCAUCCCGCAGGCGAUUUUCGCGCAGCGGAUCCUGUGCAGGUCCCAGGGCACACUAUCGGACCUGCUGCGGAACCCCAAACCGUGGAGUAAACUCAAGUCGGGCCGGGAGACCUUCAGAAGGAUGUGGAAGUGGCUCCAGGAACCGGAGUUCCAGAGGAUGUCUGCGCUCAGACUGGCGGAAAAAAACAAGCAAAAAAAGAGAGAAGGUAGAAAAACAGAAUCAGAAAAGAGAGACAACAAACACACGCGCGGUCGCGGAGGGGCUGCCAGGCGGAGGGACGGGUCUGACAGCGCAGCGAUAUUACAAUCCCCGUGAACCUGUCAAACCGAACACGACCGCGGGCUCCACGGCCUCGGCACACUCUGGCAUUCGUACUGUGAGCGAGACACCUUCAUGUGCUUCAGUUUCCAUCAUCAGUCUGAGGAAAAGACACCCGGAUGUACUCGGGCCCAGUUUCAAACCCAGCUGGGACCCCUUUCCACCGGAUCGGGAGAUUCCAACCGAACAGGAACUCGCGAAGGUUGCAAAGCAAAAGGAACUGACUUUGUGCGUUUUUUUUUGUUUGAUUUUGAUUGUAGCUUUUGGAAUCUUCUUUGUAACUGGAAUGGCGUCGAUUGUGAAUUCAACAGCCACACACACACACACGCACACAUUUCCCACAGUGCUUCUGACAUUUAAAGUUCCGAUUGAUUUUCACCUUUGAACACGAGUAAGAGCCCCGGGUUCUUGUAUCGAAGCCUUUUAGUUUUAACACGGGAAAGCCAGAAACCUCACUGAAGCCUUAAAAUAAAAUCAAUCAGUUUGCAAACUAAAUCUAUAGCGAUGCAUAGAGAUUCAUGUCAGGACACUUGAAUUGCACAGUAUUGCGCUAUAUAUACAGCCACCUGACACACAGCUAUAGUAUAUUGUAGGAGCUGCACUGAGAAUUCGUUGUUGGGUUCUGCAGCCGUGUAACCCAUUAUAGAAACGUGUAUUUUUUAGCCAGAGAAAGUCCGACCACACAUUAUUUGGCAUGUGCUGUAUUAUCUAACGAGUCUGGGGGCGGGGGGAGUUGCAAUCAACGUGCAAUGCCAAUUCUAUCUUGAAGCAAACUUCUACACUGAAGAACAGAAACGAGAAGGCACGGGUAUUGUGUGUAUUGUGCAAGAAACCUUCUCUUGUUCUGACUGUGCACAGAAGCUUGUGCGAUGCUGGCUGUAUUGCUGUUGUGCUUCAGUUCCAUUAAAGGUAUUUCAAUACAAUGGAUUGUGGAUUGCUGUGAUUACCACACUGUGACGCGAAGCUCCCCCACAGAACACAUCCGAGACGAAGCGUUCUUCACCCGUGUGGAGUCCAUUAUGGGUAUAGCACCUAUGUAAUAGCAGCGCAUUUCCUUAGACAUCGCCGGUGCGUCAUCAGUACACACUCCAGACAGUGCGAUCCGCGGAGGGCUGGGAUCAUGGGGCGGUAGAGAGGGAGGCAGGCAUGCAGACAGGUACUACUGCGAGCAGAUCGAUGGACACUUUAAUAAUUGAUAGGCGAGUCGGUGAGGAGUGCGCUAUAGCCGGGGUAAUUGGAUAUACAGCGAGCCAGGCAGGUGUAUGAACGAUAUAGUGAC